AUGGUACCAGAAAUGGAGAUUGGCUAUGAACUAAAUGAAGACCUUCAUCUUCUUUUGCAGAACCAAAAAACGAAAGAACAGAUUGAAAGCUUGUUACAGAACGGAAAGCAUAAAGAAUUACGGGAUCGUCUCUGCUGCAGGCUGACCUUCGGGACUGCCGGGCUUCGCUCUGCCAUGGGAGCAGGCUUUUGCUACAUCAAUGAUCUGACAGUGAUCCAGUCAACACAGGGGAUCUACAAGUAUCUUGAGAGGUGUUUUUCAGACUUUAAGCAGAGAGGCUUUGUUGUUGGAUAUGACACACGAGGUCAGGUGACCAGCAACUGCAGCAGUAAGAAACUUGCAAAGCUCACCGCAGCAGUCCUCCUGGCGAAAGACGUACCUGUAUACUUCUUUUCCACCUAUGUCCCUACACCGUUUGUGCCCUAUGCCGUUCAGCAGCUCAAAGCUGUGGCUGGUGUGAUGAUCACAGCGUCCCACAACCGGAAGGAGGACAACGGAUACAAAGUUUAUUGGGAAAAUGGAGCACAGAUCACCUCUCCUCAUGAUAAGGAAAUUAUAAAAUGUAUAGAAGAGUGCGUUGAACCAUGGAGUGGCUCUUGGAAUGAGAAUCUAGUAGACACCAGUCUGCUUAGACAGGAUCCUCUGAAGAAAAUUUGUGACUGUUACAUGGAGGAUCUGAAAAAGAUCUGUUAUUAUAGGGAGCUAAAUGUGCAAACAAAUUUGAAGUUUGUUCAUACCUCGUUUCAUGGAGUUGGACACGACUACGUGCAGUUGGCUUUCAAAGCGUUUGGCUUUCAGCCUCCCAUUCCAGUACCUGAACAAAAAGAUCCAGAUCCAGACUUCUCUACUGUCAAAUGCCCAAAUCCUGAAGAAGGAGAAUCUGUGCUGGAGUUGUCACUGAGACUUGCAGAGAAAGAAAAUGCUAAAGUAGUAGUGGCUACUGAUCCAGAUGCAGACAGGCUAGCAGUGGCAGAACAGCAGAAUGGCUGCUGGAAGGUGUUCACUGGCAACGAGCUAGCAGCUUUGUUUGGGUGGUGGAUGUUUUCUUGCUGGAAGGAAAACUGCUCCGAAGAUGCUGAUGUGAAGAAUGUUUACAUGUUAGCGACCACAGUCUCCUCGAAAAUUCUGAGGGCAAUUGCACUUAAAGAGGGAUUCCACUUUGAAGAGACGCUCCCUGGUUUUAAAUGGAUUGGAAGUAGGGUAAAAGAUCUCCUAGAUAACGGAAAAGAAGUUCUGUUUGCAUUUGAAGAGUCUAUUGGCUUCAUGUGUGGCACAUCAGUGUUGGAUAAAGAUGGUGUCAGCGCAGCUGUGGUCAUAGCUGAGAUGGCGGCCUACCUGGAGGGCAAGAAUCUAACGCUAGCACAGAAACUCACUGAGAUAUAUGAAACGUAUGGAUAUCACAUAUCAAAGACUUCCUAUUUCUUGUGCUAUGAGCCUCCGACUAUCAAAAGGAUAUUUGAGAAGCUUCGGAACUUUGAUGGCCCUCAGUCUUAUCCAAGCUCGUGUGGCAUUUACAAUAUAUUACAUGUACGAGACAUUACCACUGGCUAUGAUAGCAGCCAGCCAAACAAGAAAUCGGUGCUGCCCGUGAGUAAAAGCAGUCAGAUGAUCACUUUCACAUUUCAAAACGGUUGUGUUGCCACCCUUCGGACAAGUGGAACAGAACCAAAGAUCAAGUACUACGCGGAGAUGUGCGCGCUGCCCGAACAGAGUGACAGAAGCGUGCUGGAAGAAGAACUUCAGAAGCUUAUUGGGGCUUUGAUUGAGAAUUUUCUUGAACCUGAUAAGAACGGACUGAUCUGGCGCUCUGCUUAG